AUGCAGAGCGACUUAUUUGUCGCUCUUGUCUUCAACCACGAUCGAAAUCAUACCGGAUGGGGACUGCUCAAGAAAGAAAUGUAUUAUAAGACGGAGCGAAAUGAAUACACAAUAGAGGAAGUACGGCUCUGGCAGUGGCAGGAAGCACGGCUCUGGCAGGAAGCAUGGCUCUGGCAGGAAGCAUGGCUCUGGCAGGAAGCACGGCUCUGGCAGGAAGCACGGCUCUGGCAGGAAGCAUGGCUCUGGCAGGAAGCAUGGCUCUGGCAGGAAGCACGGCUCUGGCAGGAAGCAUGGCUCUGGCAGGAAGCACGGCUCUGGCAGGAAGCAUGGCUCUGGCAGGAAGUAUGGCUCUGGCAGGAAGCACGGCUCUGGCAGGAAGCAUGGCUCUGGCAGGAAGCAUGGCUCUGGCAGGAAGCAUGGCUCUGGCAGGAAGCACGGCUCUGGCAGGAAGCACGGCUCUGGCAGGAAGCAUGGCUCUGGCAGGAAGCACGGCUCUGGCAGGAAGCAUGGCUCUGGCAGGAAGCAUGGCUCUGGCAGGAAGCACGGCUCUGGCAGGAAGCACGGCUCUGGCAGGAAGCAUGGCUCUGGCAGGAAGCACGGCUCUGGCAGGAAGCAUGGCUCUGGCAGGAAGCAUGGCUCUGGCAGGAAGUAUGGCUCUGGCAGGAAGCACGGCUCUGGCAGGAAGCAUGGCUCUGGCAGGAAGCAUGGCUCUGGCAGGAAGUAUGGCUCUGGCAGGAAGCACGGCUCUGGCAGGAAGCAUGGCUCUGGCAGGAAGCAUGGCUCUGGCAGGAAGCACGGCUCUGGCAGGAAGCAUGGCUCUGGCAGGAAGUAUGGCUCUGGCAGGAAGCACGGCUCUGGCAGGAAGCAUGGCUCUGGCAGGAAGCACGGCUCUGGCAGGAAGCAUGGCUCUGGCAGGAAGCACGGCUCUGGCAGGAAGCACGGCUCUGGCAGGAAGCAUGGCUCUGGCAGGAAGCAUGGCUCUGGCAGGAAGCACGGCUCUGGCAGGAAGCACGGCUCUGGCAGGAAGCAUGGCUCUGGCAGGAAGCACGGCUCUGGCAGGAAGCAUGGCUCUGGCAGGAAGCAUGGCUCUGGCAGGAAGCACGGAUCUGGCCUUGUAAGGAAGCUUACCUGCCCCAUGAUUAUUGA